UGGGAAUUGACAGUCGAUUUAUGGAGAGAGUUAUCUGCGAAAUGGCCGUUGACUUAUUGGGAUGAUUGGCUCAGACGACAAGACGUUCGUCAAGGCAGAGUCUGUAUACGGCCUGAGGUGUCACGAACAGCUCACAAUAAUAAGGUUGCGGGUAAGGGAACGAGUGGGUACGUUGUAUGA